AUGGUACGAGGGCAUCGUGAACAGUCUGUUUUAUUGACGCAGACCGAAUUACAAGAUCUUCGAGCCCGUCAACGAACCUUUGAAGGUGCCUACUGGCGUACAGCACUUGCAGCCUUCUCGACUGGAUUGCUGAUUCUGAAGGUGUUCACUCGGGAAUUCUACAAGAUUGGAAUUACAUUUUUUGUUUUUGGACUUGCAAUGCUGGCUAUUGCAGUUUGGCGCCGUCGCACAGCUGGCGACGUAUUUGACCUUUCUAUACCCUUUAAAACUAGCGGCGAUUGGGUUAUCCUAACAACCGCUGUAACCAUGGCUACCUACAUUGUUUUGCUUGUCCUAUUGUGGAAGUUAUAG